AUGGAUUACCUAAACUCCUUAGAAGUUCCCUUGCAAUUGGAUAUAUGGACGUUCGCUGCUCCCGGAGGCAAGGCAGCCAUACUUGUGCCGGAGAAGAAUGUAGAACGAUUUCAGGAUCAGCUGUCCAGUUAUGGCAUACCGUUCAGAAUUGAUGUGGAGAAUAUUAGGCCGCUCUUGGAAGAAGAAGACAGACUCAUGAAUGAGGCAAAAGUGAGAGGCUCUAAACGAAAUGGUGGAUCAAAGAUUGGUUUUGACAGAAUAUACAAUCUUACUGAGGUUUACGGUUACCUUGAAGACAUCGCGAAUAAUUACCCUGAUUUAGUUACUCUUGUCAACGCAGGGCAUUCAUUCGAAGGCAGAGAUGUAAAGUACCUCAAAAUUUCCACAACUAACUUUGAGGAUAAGAAGAAGCCAGUUGUUGUAGUGCAAUCACUUCUCCAUGCUCGUGAAUGGGUGACUCUGCCGCCAAGUCUGUACGCCAUUGAAAAGCUUGUAGUCAACGUGACAGACAAAGACCUUAUUGAUAAAAUAGACUGGAUCAUCUUCCCGAUCGCCAAUCCUGAUGGAUAUGAAUUUACUCACACAGAGGUUCGUUUCUGGCGUAAAAAUCGUGCCACAGGAUACACGCCUGGAGAUGUUUGCGUAGGCGUCGAUCUAAAUAGAAACUUUGACAUAUUUUGGGGAUAUCAUUCAACUGACAACGUCUGUGCAGAAACUUUCCACGGCAGUGGUCCUUUCUCUGAACCUGAAGCGAGAAUAGUUGCUGGCAUCUUACACAAAUACACCAGUCGCAUUGAACUGUUUAUUGACUUACACAGUACUGGUAGCAUGAUCAUUUACGGAUGGGGAACCGGUGAUUUACCACCAAACGCUCUACGCAUGCACGCAGCUGCCAUUCAAAUGACCGCCGCCAUCGAUGCAGUCAAAGCACCCUGGAAUCCAAAUUAUACAGUAGGCAAUGUCGCUUUGAUAAUGUACAAAGCAUCAGGUAUCACAAUGGACUAUGGAAAGAAGCUCGGUAUCCCGUAUUCAUAUAUCUACGAACUGCCAAGACAUAGGAAUUCCGUAGGACUUGAUAGAUUCCUCGUGGAUCCAGCUUUUGUGUACCAAGCUGCUAUUGAAACUUGGGAAGGUAUCAAAGAAGGGGCUAGAUAUGUACGUGAUAGACUAAACGAAUAUUGA